UCUUCCAGGUGCUGAGAGCUUUAAAGGAUUGGAUUAUAUUUGUAAUGUGAGAUUAGGUUUUCCAGAGCUGUGAUUUUAGGAUUCGGGAUUGAGUAGGGGAGGGGCCUCAGCUGCGUUGUCCAAAUUCUCUAAUACUGCUUACGUAGGACUUAGGCGUGCGCUUCUGGUUCUUGGUUUUUUGUUUUGUUUUGUUUUGUUUUCCCCCUGCCAACUGGGAGGCCUCCCUUCUCCUAAACUCAGGCAGCUGUGGUUAGGACCUCUUCUUCGGACUGAUCAGGAAAGGGGAAGCAAGAAUGUCUGCUUUGGGGACUGCAGCUCCGUACCUGCACCAUCCAGCAGACAGUCACAGUGGCCGGGUCAGUUUCCUGGGAGCCCAGCCCUCUCCACAAGUGGCGGCAGUGGCUCAGCUCAUGAGGGACUUGGACAAGAGCACCUUCAGAAAGUUGCUGAAGCUUGUGGUUGGGGCCCUGCAUGGGAAAGACUGCAGAGAAGCCGUGCAGCAUCUUGGGGCCAGUGCCAACCUGUCAGACGAGCGUCUGGCCGUCCUGUUAGCAGGCAUACACACACUACUCCAGCAAGCACUCCGGCGGCCCCCUGGCAGUCUGAAGCCAGAAGCCUUCCAGGAUGAGCUCCAGGAGCUUGGCAUCCCUCGGGAUCUGAUUGGAGAUUUGGCCAGUUUGGUAUUUGGGAGUCAGCGCCCUCUUCUCGACUCAGUGGCCCAACAGCAGGCGUCCUGGCUGCCCCACAUAUCUUACUUCCGAUGGCGGGUGGAUGUGGCCAUCUCCACAAGUACUCAGUCCCGCUCUCUGCAGCCGAGUGUUCUCAUGCAGCUGAAGCUCACCGAUGGAACUGCACAUCGUUUCGAGGUUCCCGUGGCCAAAUUCCAGGAGCUGCGGUACAGUGUUGCCUUGGUCCUUAAAGAGAUGGCGGAACUGGAGAAAAAGUGUGAGCGCAAACUACAGGACUGAACCCUGGUGUUGUGGGUGCUGAAACUGGUACCAAUAACUUGCAGUCCCACUGGGCAUGAGGCCAACUCAACUGAGGGCCUGCAUAUAAGGAUUUUUUUUUUUUUUUUUUUUUUUUUUUAGGGAAAAGACAGGUGUGACUUUCUGGUUUGGUUUGUUUUUAUGAGUGAACUAUGGGAACAGUGACAUUUAUAAUCUCAACACUUGGAAGGCUCAGGCUGGAGAAUGGUAAAUGUAAGGUCAGCUUGGGUUACAUAGUGAAGUUAAGUUUUAAACUAAGAAGUAAAACAACUAUUAAAAACAUGUUCUUCUA